CGAGUGUUGUUGUCAGUCGUAUCUACAAGGUUAAGCCUUUAUACAGUAACCGUGCGCGCGAUGAGCCGACGACGCGCGCCGCCGGCUGCUACAUCAGAUGGACGCGAGCGCAGACCCGUCCUCCUCUUCCGUGCGUCCGCUGCUAAACACGACUCCCACCCGCCCAUGCGUCGCGGUCACGACUUGAUCAUCUCGCCCACGCCGCCGCCGAUGCCCAUGAACGACAGCGACCCGCCGCUUCCGCCGUUCCCUCGGCUAGCGCCCGCCUGUCGCUCUCGCAUCAUUCGCGAGGUUCCGCGUUUUUUGUUCGACCUGACCGCCUGCGGUAUCCUGAGUUUCGCGAGCUCGACCGAGUCGACGCGCCGCAUGCCGCCUUUCAGCUUCUUGUGCACUUUCGCGUCGACGCCGCCUUGCCUCGACCUAUCGUUCGUCCCCGCGCUCGGGUCGUCCAUAUCGUCGAGGUCGACGCUCCUCUUGCUCGAGCUGAAAAGUUGUUGCAUCUUUCGCUCGUUCUCUGUCGGCAAAUAUCUUCUUCGCGUCACCAGACUUUCCUCGGGUUGCCGACGCGUCUUGGCGUCGUGAGCGAGACGACGGACUCGACAAACGCGCUGGAAUCACACGCGUGGAGACGUGCGGGAACGUUUCAAGUCGCGCGGAGCGAUAUUCGCGACCGUCGCG